GGGGGCGGGCGCGCCCCCGGCCCAGGGUUUAUAAAGGCGAGGCCGGGACCGGCGCGCGCUCUCGUCCCCUCGGCUGUCCCGGCGGCGCUCACCGAACGGCCCGGCCCGCUGAGACGUGCGCUAUGCUGAAGCGAGCUCUGCUGUGCCUCGCCCUGGCCGCGGCGGCCCGCGUGGGCGCCGACGCCCCCGAGGAGGAGGACAACGUCCUGGUGUUGAAGAAGAGCAACUUCGCGGAGGCGCUGUCGGCGCACAAGUACCUGCUGGUGGAGUUCUUUGCUCCUUGGUGUGGCCACUGCAAAGCUCUAGCCCCUGAGUAUGCCAAAGCAGCUGGGAAGCUGAAGGCUGAAGGUUCAGAGAUCCGACUGGCAAAGGUAGAUGCCACUGAAGAGUCUGAUCUGGCCCAACAGUAUGGUGUCCGUGGCUAUCCUACAAUCAAGUUCUUCAAGAAUGGAGAUACAACCUCUCCCAAGGAGUAUACAGCUGGCAGAGAGGCCGACGACAUCGUGAACUGGCUGAAGAAGCGCACAGGCCCUGCUGCAACUGCUCUGGCUGACGUUGCGGCUGCCGAGUCCCUGGUGGAAUCCAGCGACGUGACUGUCAUCGGGUUCUUCAAGGAUGUGGAGUCAGACUUUGCCAAGCAGUUCUUGCUGGCAGCAGAGACCAUUGAUGACAUCCCCUUUGGGAUCACGUCCAACAGUGAUGUGUUCUCCAAAUACGAACUCAACAAAGACGGGGUGGUCCUUUUCAAGAAGUUUGACGAAGGAAGGAACAACUUUGAGGGGGAGAUCACCAAGGAGAACCUGCUGGACUUCAUCAAACACAACCAGCUCCCUCUGGUCAUCGAGUUCACGGAACAGACAGCUCCUAAGAUUUUUGGGGGCGAAAUCAAGACGCAUAUCCUGUUGUUCCUGCCCAAGAGUGUGUCUGACUACGAUGGCAAACUGAGCAACUUCAAGAAAGCAGCCGAGGGCUUCAAGGGCAAGAUCCUGUUUAUCUUCAUCGACAGCGACCAUGCUGAUAACCAGCGCAUCCUUGAGUUCUUUGGCCUCAAGAAGGAAGAGUGCCCGGCUGUGCGGCUCAUCACCCUGGAGGAGGAGAUGACCAAGUACAAGCCCGAGUCGGAGGAGCUGACAGCUGAGAAGAUCACAGAGUUCUGCCACCAUUUCCUGGAGGGCAAGAUCAAGCCCCACCUGAUGAGCCAGGAGCUGCCUGAAGACUGGGACAAGCAGCCUGUCAAAGUGCUAGUUGGCAAGAACUUCGAAGAGAUUGCUUUUGAUGAGAAAAAGAACGUGUUUGUGGAGUUCUAUGCCCCAUGGUGCGGUCACUGCAAGCAGCUGGCCCCCAUUUGGGAUAAGCUGGGAGAGACGUACAAGGAUCACGACAAUAUCGUCAUCGCCAAGAUGGACUCGACUGCCAACGAGGUGGAGGCGGUCAAAGUGCACAGCUUCCCCACCCUCAAGUUCUUCCCUGCCAGUGCCGACAGAAAGGUCAUCGAUUAUAACGGGGAGCGGACGCUGGAUGGAUUUAAGAAGUUCUUGGAGAGUGGCGGCCAGGAUGGGGCAGGAGACGAUGAUGACCUGGACCUAGAAGAAGCCUUAGAGCCAGACAUGGAGGAAGAUGAUGAUCAGAAAGCUGUGAAAGAUGAACUGUAAUGGAGAAGCCAGACCUGGGCAGCCCAACCCGAGGCCUCGGCGGCCUUGCUGCAGCAGCCCAGGCCUGCGGAGCCUGACCCGCACCCCAGCGGGAGCAUCGUCGGAACCCGGGGACUCUUCCAAAGCCACAGUCACCCUAACACACACGUACACCUACUCCCGUCGCUUCCUUUUGCUUUUCAAUUUUGGAAAGGGAUUUAUCUCCAGGCCAGCCCAUCUCCAUGGGCUUAAUUUUUUAAACCGUGAUGUACUUUUUUGUACAUGAGUUUUGUCCUGAGUGCUCGCUAAAUGUUUGGGAACUCACACUGGUAAUGUCUCGCUGACGUUCCAUCUGUGUGGGACGUUUAGACGUGUCUCUGCGUCAGGGUAUUGGCUCUACUGAGGCCGGGCCUCCCUGGGAGGCGCCAGUCCCAGCUGGGAGGGACAAGCCUGGGCUGGACGUGGUCACUCUCCUCCAGCCUGGCUUUGCAGUUUCUCGCUAAAGGAAACGUCUGGGUCUUGUGUGUGGGCCUGCCACAUUUGGAGGAGAGGAUGUGACUGUAGGACCCUGGACAAGUCCCCAACUCUCCGCAAGCCAGGAGACCCACCUGUCGGCUAUGGGCACGUUGCUGUGACCACUGGGCUUUCUUGCAGUGUGUCUGCACGAGAACCAGGACCCGAGUCCCAGGCUGAGACCGAGCCAAGGAUACCGGCUGGAUCGGAUGAUGCCCAUUCUUCAGGCAUUUCUACCACACUAUUGGAAUUGGACACAUUGGCCAAAUAAAGUUGGAAUUUUAGUACCA